UAACAGGCAUCAGGUGUAUGUCCUCCAGGUAAAGCCAUCUCUACAGAGGACGAAGUGUCUACCUUUGCAGGAGAAGAAAGGGAAAGGAUCCGUUUCCAAUGCUGGUUGUAUAAGAAGGCUGCUGACGUUACCACCAACACAGCCCCCUUUGUCUCCAGGCCUCCCUGAAGCCCUCUCCAUGCUUUUUGAUAAAGAUACCCUACAAACUACAGGGAACGUGGCUCUGAAAACCACCUUUCUGUUACAGAUUGGAUUUGGGACACUGGCCAAUGUCACCCUCUUUUUCUACAAUGUCGCCCCAGUCUUGCGUGGCCACAAGCAGAGACCCACACACGUGGUUCUCAUCCACAUGGCCUUGGCCAAUCUCCUGGCUCUUCUGUCCUCUGGGAUUCCCCACACAAUGGCAGCUUUUCUUUUGAGCAAUCCCCUGUCCAGUCUUGGGUGUAAAGUUGUAUAUUAUACACAGAGAGUGGCUCGCAGCUCCACCCUGUGCUACACCUGUGUCCUGAGCACCUGCCAGUUUUUCACACUCAUCCCUGGGAGAGCCGAGCGGAUGAUGCUCAGGAGUGCCCCCAGGGUCCCUGGUCCUUCCUGCUGUGUCUGCUGGGUGUUUGCUGCCUUAACAAAUACCUAUAUUCCCUUGAAAGUCACUAGUGCACAGAACACGGGAAAUGAUACCGACACACAGGGCAGGUGGUUUUGCUCAUCUUCAUUUCCCAGCACCAGAAUUGGCAUCGUGUCAUCAUGUCCAGAUGCCAUAUUUAUUGGCCUCAUGGUCUGGGCCAGCGGCUCAAUGGUGGGUCUCCUACGCAGACAUCACCAGAGGGUGCAGCAUAUUCACACCCCCAAGGGCCCCCACAGCUGCCCCCCAGAGACCAGAGCCGCCCACACCAUCCUGAUGCUGGUGGUCACCUUCGUCGUCUUCUACAUGAUGAAUUUGGUUUUCACUUUUUACAUCACUGUCUUUUUAGACCUUCAGCUCUGGCUGAUACAGACAUGUAAUGUUUUGGCUUUGUGUUUCCCCACUGUGAGCCCCUUCCUGCUGGUCCUUAGGGACCCCAGAACUCCCAGGCUUCGCUCUUAAAUUGUUAGAAAUCAUUCUUGAAAUAUUAAAUACAUAGAUGUCAGCUCCUGUAUCAGCCCUGAUAUUAUACUUAGUAAUCAUUUACCAGUUAACUGCUUUUAUAAUUUGUCCUUGUUUGUGACUGUGCAGAAUAUCAUAUUCAUGACUUGAC